UGAAAACGUAAUCCUGCCUGCUUAUCGAAAGUUUCUUCUUUCGCAGAAUUUCAAGAUUGGCACCUUCUGUUUUGAACCAUCGUGGACACAUUCAAAUCAGUUAGGGUUGGUAAUUAGAAGCAUCUGGUGAACUAGAGAUUCAAACUUGAGAUGAGAAUUCCAGUGAAGUUUGGAAACUAAUACAUUAAUCCUUUGAAAUCUCACUCAGAAAAUAGAUAAAGAUGCCAUAUCAAGGAGACGUAAAAUCUCGUCUUGCUGGUCUAAAGCAGAAAAGAACCCCUGUUACACAAGUGGCAGCCCCAAAUACAGAAUCUAUUGGGGUCACAGACAGGGCUUCUGCUUUCCAGGAGAGAGUAAACAAACAUCAGCAAUCUCAAGAAAUCAAUCCCUUUUCAGAACAAUAUAAAGGAUUAGGGGCUACUUACAAAGACAUAAAUGAUAAAUAUGAUGAUAGAUAUGGAAAACCAGAAGAAGGAUCAAAGACGGAAUUUCGGGGGAAAAGUGCAAACGAGCGUAUAACGGGAGAGGUGAUUGAGCUAUGUAACAUUAUACAUAAUCUUGGAAAAUCAAACCCCGAUGGUACAUAUUCAGUAAAAUUCGGAGUGCUUUUUGAAUUUUACACAAAAAUCUCAAAUAAGUUAGUGGGAAUGUUAAUGCGAGCUAAAAAACAAGGACUUGUGUAUUUUGAUCGGGAAAUGCUAUGGCAACGUCGUGAUGAUGACGUCGAUAUUCAUCUGAUUCGUUUGCCUCAAUCAACUGGAAUGGGGACUGAUGAGUAUGAAAUAGGAAAAAUGCCAACACUCUAAGAUAACGAUGAGCAUAAUAAUGAAAGUCUGAUCAGAACAAGACAAUGGAAAAAAAACAAUUGGUGUCUCAAAGAAGAACACUUUCGAAACAUUGUUCCAUGCACGGAUACCACUCUGCUCAACAACAAUGAACAAUGUAUGGUGGAACAAUAUUUUAACCAUCUUGACCAUUUGAGGUCUGCUGUUUUAUCUUCUGUUUAUAACAGUUUUAUUGACCCUUGAGGUGAACACUGUUUUAUCUGGUUUACAGAAUUUAUUUUUGCAUAAAUAUGUAUAGAGUUUGAGCUGACACCUUGUUGCUAUUUCAAAUUAGUUAAGAGAAAUGUUCCCUAUAUUAAUCAAAUCCAUGUAUUGAUAUCAUUUAGAUAUCUUCUAGUCAAAAACUCUGUUAAUCAUGAGUUCAUAACUACAAGUAGGGAAUGUUUUGUGAUUUAGAGUUCUUCAGUCAAGAUUGAUUGACAAUAUAUUACAUGUUGAUCUAUGUACAAUUCAUACAUUUUGAGUGCCAAUUUAUAUCUUAUUAACUUGUUAGAUAUUUAUCAUGAUAUAUAUAUAUAUAUAUGUAAAUGCAUGUUUUACAAACACAACCAUAUGUCAUUAUAUGCAAUAUGCAUUGCCUUUUAACCAAAUCAUAAUAAAACCAUAGA